CAAGCAAAACCUCAGCAGCCUUUAUUAGAAUCUGUUAAUUUACGUGGCAGUUGCUUCGAGACUUCCGAGAGGAAUACGUACAAUAUUAUAAGUUAGUGAAAUCGUUGUUAUCGUGUUCAAAAUCUUUGUUCUCCGGUGGAUUUGAUCUUGAUCAAAAGUGAAACUUUUGUUGCUUCCUUGAUAAUCAUUCUUGCAUAAGUAUUAAGCCAUGUCAUCAAACAACAUUCGGUCGGAACGCUGUAAGGACACAGCUGGAAAGCACAAAAAUCAAGAAAAUGUACAUUCACGCAUGCAAAAUGUCAAAAUUGCCGAUAGCAAGAAUGAUAGUGGAAAAAGAAAAGGAUUGUCGGAAAAUCAUGCAAUUCGACAAUGCAGUACGACAGUGGAGAAGCCUGUUAUCGGCAAAGCUCCAUUUAACGUGUAUCAGGACGACGAAAAUGUGCGGUCACGCUCUCGCGUGCGAGUAGAUGUACGCAAGAAGGAAGCUAAAGUGAAACGAGCUGGAACGGUUGAAGGACAAUCAACAUCAACAAAUGUGACGAAACUAAUGACAGAAAGAAGAUCUAUUAGUCCUCUACUAUCACGCAUUUCUUUACGAAGAGCACGUUCUUCGAGCAAUUCACGACACGAAAAUAAAGAUACAACGUAUAGCAAAUUGACCAGCAAGUAUUUUCAAAGAUCUAAUUCGGAGAGCAGAAAAAUUGUCUCGCAACAUGUCUCACAAUACCACGCAGCAGUAUCAUCAAAUGGUUCUACUCCGAAAACCAAAAAUUUCCUAUCAAACGAAGUUAAAAAGCGGACGUUUUCGAGUAUCCAAAUGUGGAAAGAUAAGAUGAGGAAGCAGAACACUGGUACUAUAAAAAAAGAUUUUAGAAACAUAAAAAAGGGUUAUAACAUCAUCACUAAAUCAUCAAAUGAAAUUGCAACAGCUCUUUUAAAUAAAGAUUUCGAAAAUGUAGAAGAUAAUGCGAGAUGCCUUGAUUCUGAAGAUAAUCGAGACAAUCAAUUGCAAGGUAUGGCUGAAAGUAGCAUUGUAGUAGCUUCGAAUAGUCCUGCGAUGUUAUUAUCAACCACAAAGAAUAUAGACGUGCGCUAUACAUAUGAGAAAUAUACAGAAGAGGGUAAUUUCAAGAAGCGAGACGAGGAAGACGAUAUUUGUCAAAUACCAUAUGGUUGUUAUUUUGAAGACAUGCUGGAUGUGGAACGUAAAAAGGAUGAACAGGCACCGAAGUUGUCUUCUCAUUUUCUGCGCGAAAAUGUAAAUGCAGAACAGAGGAAAGUUAUCGUGCAGUAUUUGAUUCGUAUUGGUGUACACUGUAAUUACUCAUCACACAUCAUUCACAAGACUAUAAGGCUGUUCGACGUCGUUAUACAUAGAAUUUCGGUGGAGACAGAUAAUAUACAGUUAAUCGCGCUAGCGUGUCUCUGGAUAAAUCUGAAGAAAGAAGCAAGUAUUAACAAUAUACCAUCGGCAACAACGAUACUGCAGCUGGCAAAGGAUAUGUACACUGGACAGGAAAAACAAUUGUUAAUAUAUGAAAAGAAGAUUCUCUUGAAUGUUAACUUCAACAUAACUUUUGCCGAUCCGUUUUCGUUGCUUUCUUAUUAUAUAUGGUGUUUAAAUCAAGAUGACGAAAAUAAGACGAUAAAUUCACAGGAUACUAUGCUCAUCUACUUUUGCGGUAGUUAUUUGCUCGACGUAGCUAUGCUAGAUGAACAUUUAUGUAACAUCUCGAACUGCAUGUUGGCCAUAGCUGCUGCAGAACUAUCUCUAAAUGUUUUAUAUUUAAAUGACUUUGAUACGGAACGAACGUGGUGUCAAACGUGGCGAAAAACAAAUAGGAUUGCAGAUAAUCAAUCUAUGACAUAUGCAAUGUGGAAAGAAUUAAUUUCACAUUUUGCAGAUUGUAUUAAUUCAGGAUUCAUCGGUUUCAGAUGGGAAGAAAGACUGAUACAUUUUGCCAAGCAGAACAUGAUACAACAAGUUUUAGAAUCGAAUAAAGAAUGUGAUUGGAAUGUUGUAUACAAAAAAUAUUCCCGAAGUAAUCAUGGAAGAGUCUCCGAAUUCCUUAUUAGAAGAAUGCAGAUCCUAUCCAAGAAAAGAUAAAUUUUAUUAUUUGGCGUAUUGAAGAUUAUUCUCGGGUUUAUUAUUUUAUAUUUUAUAUACUAUUUUAUAUUUUAACCAUUAUUAUUUUUAUAUAUUUUAUAUUUUAUAUGAAUGAAAUAAAGUUUAUCUUUUCUUUGGAAGGAUCUGCAUUCUCCUGAUAAGGAAGUUAAAUACGUAUAAAAAUACAUAUAAAUAAUUAAAUUUUGUGUCUUAUACAAGAAAUCUUAAUUUUAAUUAAAAUGGAAGAGUCUCCAACUUCCUUAUUAGGAGAAUGCAGAUCCUUUCAAAGAAAAGAUAAA